AAGAAAUAGGGAACCUUCUGUCCUGGAUGACCCCCUCCCCCACGCACGCACUCCCCCCCCCCCCAGCCCCAGCUGAGCACGUGGCGAGGUUCUCCCAGGCUCAGGGGCCUCUUGGUUCUGCCAGGGUGACAUAGAGCAUCUCGACCAUGGGGUGGGGGGGUUGUGGUGGGGCCUUGAUUUUGGUCUUUUUCCUCACAACACCAGAAGUGGUCAAAGUGGGUCCCGAGAGCUGGCAAGUACCUGCCCCCCCAGUCCAGCUGUGAGGAAAGAAGUGGCCCGGCUUGGGCUUAGCCCAGCUUGGGGAGGGGGGGGCAACCCAUUCCUGGCACCCCCAGGUCCAGAGCAGCAGGAAGAAGCUGGGCGGGCGGUCUCUGCUGGGCCAGGCGAGGGUCCUCAGACCAAGCCCAGAGGGAGCCAGGCGGAGGUGGCAGGUGAGACCCACGUAGGGCUCUGGCACACGUGUGCCCAGCUAUGUGCCAGGACAAAGGGUCUUGUGGUGGAGAGCCAGCCUUUGGAUGGGCUGGCUGCCCCAGGGAGUCGUCCUAAAAAAUGGAUGCCUUAAUCUCCCCCAAUUAGCUGAGGCAAUGGAGGCAGGCAGAGGAAUGGGGGAAGCGACUGGGUGGUGCCCUCCCCAUCCCUUGAGCUGGAGGGACCCCGAAGCUGAGCACCCUCAAAUCCCAGGACACCAGGAAGCCCACUGCGGAAGCUCCAGGGCAGGUGCCAGGUGGGGCCCCGCGGUCAGAAAGUGGGCUGGCCUGGCAGCUGGGGGGGACUGGAUGGCCUCCAGGGACCCUUCCCACUUGAUGAUGCUGUAACACAAGAGAGGGCAGGUGAAGGCCUGGAAUCCUAUGUGGGAACGGAGUUGGGCGUGGGGAGCAGCACCAGAAAGAAGAGGGGCAGCUCACAGGGGGCUAAUGGGCAGAGAAAGAUGCUCAGAGGGGACGCCCCCCCCCCCAAGUGUUUAGGCUGUAAAAGGGAUUUGUACUUUUAGAUAUGCACAAUUCUGCUAAUGCCUUUCAAUAAAGUGGAAUUGGCUCAUCUGGCUGAGUUUGCCGUCUGUCUGCCUGGAAAGCUCUUCGCUUGUGGGGGGCCCUGGAGACCCCAGAGCAGCCCGCCUGGACUGGCCAGCAGCGAGCACAGGGCCCUGUCUGAGAGGCCUCUGCCAGGGAGGGGCAGGAGGGGGAGGGGAGGCGGCAGGCGGGUUCCGGAACCUCUGAGCUGGCAGCGCAACCCGGGAAACCCCUGGCUAUUUACCUUUGAAGAGGUGGCCGUACUCGCUUCAGGUAGAUGGCAGGCAGGCUGGGCCAGGAGGGUGGGGGGGCGGCCUGCCCCCAAGGCCGGGGCAGAAGUGGGGGGAACCGUCCUGGACCUCUCGGGGGGAAUGGGCCAAAGCUAGGUCCCGCACCCGGUGGCCGUCAAGGACCCCCACAACUCUCACCCUGGGGCGCUCAGGGAAAGCGCUGCCCCAGACCCAGCCCUGGCUGAUCUGGGCCCCUCUGCCCCCCUCUCCCCCGGGCAGUUUUGGGGCCCUGCAGGGGGGGCAGAGGGGGGCCUCCGCUUUGCCACUCACGGGGCGGCCUCCCUCUGCAGACAUGGAGUUUGUGACCGGCUACCGGGCCGAGAUCCUGGACUUUGCCGAGCUGCUCUUUGGCUGGUACCAGCGCUUCCUGCUGGACACGGCCUGCCGCCGGGGCAGCGAGCGGCGCAAGAGGCAGGAGAGCGCCAUCCGCCGCCUGCCGCCCGACCCGGCCCUGUGGAUCCUGCACCUGCUGCCCAACCGCCACCUGGCCUUCGCGGUGGCCGACCCCGGGCAGCAGCUGGGCGGCCGCUUCUACAGCGAGGAGGCGCUGGCCCUGCCGGACCUGGAGCGCUUCAUCACCUUCAUGGGGGCAGGGGGGGAGGAAGAGGAGGAAGAGGAGGAGGAGGAAGAGGCCACCGCCACGGAGCCAGGGCAGCCCCUGUGGCGCGUUGAGCACCUCCUACUGAUGACCGACGAAUAUGGCACCAUUCUGGGCUUUGACUUCCUGCUGGGGGCCUCCCUGGGGGCAUCUGGGCAGGAGCCCCUGGAGCCCCGGGCCCUCGCCUUGCUCUGCUACAGCAUGUUCUGCCCCCUGGGCGCUGGGGAGCCCCGCCGGCCGAAGCUGCUGACUGUGGGAGACCCCGCUUUGCACAAGUCCCUGGAGCCCCUGCUUGCUCGCCUGGGCAUCAAAAUGAGCAAAGGGCCGAUGCGGGGCUGGGGCCCCAAGCCCACCUUCUCCUUCCCCACCACACGGGUGCGGGCCUGCCACGUGUGCAAGCGACACAGUUUUGAGGGCCAAAUCUCAGCCUGCCAGCACUGCCGCGCCGUCUUCUAUUGCUCGGAGAAGUGCCGGAAGCUGGACUGGAGCCGCAGCCCCGAGGACAUUGGGCACCAGUUUUGGUGCCAACGCAUGGCUGGCUACAUGAGCCAUGCCAGAGAGCUCGCCAACCUCCCCUUCACCUUUACUGCCGAGGUGACCAGCGACACCUUCAACAAGGAGGGCUUCCUGCUGGCGCGAGGGCUGACCCGGGGAUACUGGGUUGCGGAGAGCAUGCUGGUGAGGGCCCCCGACUACGGCCUGGGGCUGCAGAAGGGCUCCGCCAAGACCCCUGUGCCCUUCCUCCAGAGUGGAAACCCCUUUGAGGCACUCAGGCCAGAAGGAGGGACGGCACUCCCUCCAGCCCCCCCAGAGCCCUCAACGCCCCGGACAUUCUUUGCAUCCUGGAAAGAGUACUACCAGUGGCGGGGGCUGCCUCUUGGGGCCCCCCUGGCCGUGCUGCUGACCUACCCCCUCACUGCCUACUACAUCAUCACCCAGCUGGCCCCCCAGCACUUUCCAGAGCUAAACAUUUUGAACAAACAGUCCCUCAAGAUCCACGUGGUGGAGGCCGGCAAGGAGUUUGGUGUGCUGAUGGUGUUCUGGGAGCUGUCAGUGUUGCUCCCUCACGUUUCCCUGGAGCUGCUCUUUGUGGGGGACACGUUGCCCCCCGAGUUGGACGGCCAGCAGUUCCUUUUGCAGAGAGAUGAAGAGCAGGGGGUUUCCGUCCAGCCCGGCUUGGGCCCCAGGGCCAGAGGGGGCCGCCGGGAGCUGCAGCUGGGCUUCAGUGCCCACCCCUACCACCUCCUGCAGGCUGCCAAGCCGGACCUGGUGAUUGGGUUCAACGCCGGCUUUGCCCUGAAGGAGACCUGGCUGAGUGCUUUGCCGCGACUGCAGUCCCUCCGGGUGCCGGCCUACUUCACCGAAUGCAGCGCCUACAGUUGCGCCGUGGAUGAGGCCGCGGUCUCCAUGGCCACGGGGGGCAGUGCAAGCCCCGCCCAGGUCAAUCCCUUCCGUUCGCCCUUCCGACAAGCAGGCAUUGACAAUGCCAUGCCCUGGUACUGCAACGCCUUCAUUUUUCACCUGAUCUACAAGGCCUCGGCUAGCAACCACCGGCAGAGCUCGGUGCCCCCUCCGCAGCCGCUCCUGGCCAGCGGAAACCUGGAGCCGCCUGAGCCGGCCCGCAGCCGGCGCAAGGACAAGCGGCAGAUCCGAGCAGCAGGACGCCGGCGCAAGUGACAGGGGGAGCAGAGGAAAUAAAGCAAUGAUGGACA